AUGAUGAUGACGUGCCGUCUGCUGUGCGCCCUGUUGGUGCUCGCCCUGUGCUGCUGCCCGUACGUGUGCACUUCGGACACCCUGCAGACUCAAGUUAAAAAUAAUACAAAUGACGCCAGUCAUUCCGCUACUUUGUCAGGAACAUCAUUGGGGGUCCUUCAGUCAGAAUCGUCACAUAAGGAGCCCGGUGAGAAGGAUGGAAAAAAUGCCGGAAAUGAAGGAUCUGCGACCGGUACAGUGGACAUAAAUGAUAAGAAAGGUACGACAGAAGGUGAUAACGGUGCUUCAGGACCAAAAAGUCGCACGAGAGAGCCCACAGAACAGGCAGAUAAGAACUCCGAAGCCUUAGCCGAGACGAACACGACGACCACUACAACACGGGCACCAACCACGACGACGACUACCACCACUGCGCCAGAGGCACCAAGCACUACGACUACGGAGACGCCAACUACGACGACGACCCGCGCACCGUCACGUCUUCGCGAAUUCGACGGCAGCCUCAGCAGCUCUGCGUGGGUGUGUGCCCCGCUGGUGCUCGCCGUAUCCGCGCUGGCGUACACCGCUGUGGGCUGA